AUGGCCGAGGUCGAGGCCCCGCUGCCGUUACUCACCUUCCUCGCCGAGGUUGUGGGCCCGCUUGGCGCGCCCUUUUGGCCAGCAGACUACAGCAAGCGGGCCGCAAGUGAAAGCACUGCCGCCGCCUCCUCCUCUGCCUCCCAUGCAGACUCCGUCGCGGCUCUCAUCGGCAAGGCCAGUAGCGGCCAGGCCAAGGUUGGCCAGGGCCUCUGCCGCGUGGACGACCUCCUCGUGCAGCGCGGCCACUGUAAGACAAAAAAGGAUGCGAAACAGCUGAUCAAGGCCGGGCAUGUGCGCGGGGCUGGAUACGUGACGCACAAGGGUGGCAGCGUUGGAUGGUCCCAGAGCGGUGCGGAGCUCAAGGACGCCAGCCAAAGGUUGCCCCUCAACGCGCGUCUCGCUCUCUCCCCCGACGGCCAACAACUGGUCAGGAUCCUGGCGGCCGGCACGGAGAUGCGCGAGCAGCAGCGCAAGGCCGAGGAGGAGCAGGAGCAGCUCAUGGCGCCCUCGCGGUCGUUGCCAAACUCGGUGCUCGCAGAAAUCGUCGCCGAAACACGCGCCGAGCCCCCGGUUGAGGCGGAGCGGAAGUCGUUUGAGGCGGAGAUCGUCGCGAUGAUCCGUGCCGGCGGCGGCCGCGCCGUGCCGUUUAAUGAGCUCCUCCCCCGCCACCGGACGCACUACCAGCUGCCGGAGCAGCUGCGGCUCCAGGAUUUGGGAUGCAAAAGCAAGAGCAGCACCGGGUACAGGGGCGUGUUCAAGGAUUCUGGCCGCUUCGGGGCGCGGUGCAGCGUGGAUGGCAAGGAUGUUUACCUUGGCUGUUUUGACACGGCGGUGGAGGCGGCGGUGGCGUACACGCGGGCAGCCGAGGCGCCGCUCAACAGCCUCGGCCUGCCGCUGCGGCCCGGUGCGAGCCCGUGCGCCUUCUACGUGCAGCACGGCGCGUGCCGGUUCGGCUCGAGGUGUCGGUACAAUCACCCGGAGCCGACCCAGCUGCGGCAGAUCGAAACGCUAGAACGGCAGAUGCUGCGGCCCGGGUGGUCGCCGCAGAAGACCGAUCAGCGACGGCCCGCCGAGAAUCUCUUCAAGACGAGGGUCUGCCGCAACUGGGAGCGCGAUGGGACAUGCGCCGACGGUGCGAAUUGUCGGUUUGCGCACGGAGAGCGGGAGCUGCGGGCUCUCGCGCGGGAGCCGCCGCCGCGGCUAUGGCGCGUUGAUUACCUCCUCGUGCAGCACGGCCACUGCAAGAACAAAGAAGACGCGAAACAGCUCGUCAAGGCCGGGCGUGUGCGCACGGGCUUACGCGGGGAGGUGGUCAAGGCCCCCGGGCAAAAGCUGCCUGGCGACGCGCGUCUCGCUGUCACCCCCGACGGCCAACAACUGGUCGGGAUCCUGGAUGCGGGGCCCGCGGCGCUCAAGCCCGCGCCCGCGUGCGUCGUCUGCGGCAUGCAAGGGGUCAUCGCGUCCCAUCACAUUCGCGACUGCCCCGCCGUCGCCGCCGCCGGCAGCGAUGCCGCCCAGGAGCAGCUGAUUGAGCAGUCGCGCGCCCAACGCAAGGCCGUACAGCAACGCGUCGUCAACCUCCUCGUGGCACGCGGGCUCUGCAGCUCGAAAUCCGCCGCCAGCAAGGCGAUCAAGGAAGGGCGGGUCACAAGCGGCGGCGAGACGAUCACCGUGAUGGUGCCUCCCACGGGGUACCUCUGCCACAACUGCAGGCAGCCGGGCCACUGGAUCGGAGACUGCCCGCUGCCGCGUCAGAGCAAGCGGCCGAGGGACGACGAAAUGUGCAGCAGCCCCGGCCACUUCAUCGCCGAUUGCCCGCUCGCCCCGCGAGAGCGCGCGGCGGAGCGGCCUCCGCCCCCCGCCGGCUACGUCUGCCGCAAGUGCAACCAGUCGGGGCACUGGGUCGAGCUCUGCCAGCUGCGCGGGCACCACAACCCCGCGUCCGCGGUGCCGCCGGUCACGCCGAGCGCCGGCGGCGGUAGAGGGGGCGGCAGCAAGUUCUGGCGUACAUACAUUCUGCCGCUUGUCGACAACCCCAUGGGAGAAGGGGCGAUGGUGGCGCAUCUAGCCGCCCAUUCUGCCGCUUGCUCUGGCACCGAGUCGGCGGAGGUCGGGCGCGACGUCGCGGAGGCGCUCGAGGAGGCGGAGGAAGCCGCCACGCUCGGUACGGGCGGCGGCGGCGGCAUCGCGGCGCCGCGCCUCGAGACGCCCGAGGAGAUUUCGGCGUGGCAGGAGGCGAGGCGCACGAAUUGGCCGACGCGCGCCAACAUCAAGCGCAAGGCGGAGGAGGCCAGGGCGGCGGAGGAGCCCAUGCGCGUCGCCGCCGGCGGUGAAAGCGGGCGGCCGGUGCCGGUGCCGGUGCCGGUGGCGGGCGGGGACUCGCGCCCCUUUGACGUGCCCGACGACUGGCAGCAAGAGCGAGCGAGCAACGCGGCGGCGACGACGACGGCCACCUCGCACGGACUGCCGCCGCCGCCGGCGCCGUGGGUCGACGCGACGUCCGAGUACACCUUUUCGGACGGCUCUCGCGUGGCGGCUGUCUCGGGGGGUCCGCCAUUGCCGCUGCCGCUCAGCGCCGGUCCCGACGCGAGGGGGGCGGUGGCAGACGAGGCUUGGCGUCCGCAAUGGCAGCAACAGCAGAUGCAGAUGCAAUGGCAGCAAUGGCGGCGGCAUGCCGACCGGCUCUGGCUGCUACGCGCGCUCUCUCAGAUCGCGUAUUGA